GAAUAAGGGGAGAGACAAAACGGGAGAAAGAGAGAGAGGAGAGCAACAUGGAGAAAGCAGCUUGGAAGACACUUUGAGAUGCACUCUUUUGAAUACUCUGGCAAUCCUCUGCCGUGACACCGAGACUGAGAGACAUAUAACAACACAGAGGCAUCACAAGAGAGACCGCAGCAAAAGAACAACUGGAAACAAAUCGUCCUGCGGAUAUACAAUCAUCAAAACCAGAGAACAUCACUCUGGAAAAAGGAAAACUGUUGAAGUGUCUCUUGGACCCCCUAUCAUCAAACCAUCCACUGAGCUACACUAUCGUGGAUCACAUCCCAGGAUGGGAUCCCUCAAGGCCUGUUGAGAAGCUGAAGAGCUGAUCUUCUUGAAGGAGCACCACAAGGGCCUACCAGACAUGCUGCCUCCGUCAGCCCAGGGCAGAGGUGCCCUUUGUGGGCCACAAAGGCUGCUCAUGCUGCCCCUUAUUCUGGGACUGCUGGUGACUGUUUUUGCUACACAGAGUGAUGAGAGCCAGGGGGACAAUAACACUGCCAGUACAGAGAGCCCGGAGACAGUGUCCUCAGAUCUGGACAUAGUGAGUCCUCGUAACUCCUGGAUGAUCUUCAGACGGAACUCCAACAAAGGGGAGAACAGGAAGAUCAAGGCCCCUAAGAGAGCAUCAAAGCAUGGUCUGCCGGGGCCUCCUGGGCCCCCUGGUCCCCAGGGCCCCCCCGGGCCCCCGGCCCCCCUGCUGCCACAACAGGAAGAGCUCAUGCAGGAGUUUCAGCUGCGACUAAGAGACAUGGCAGGGGGUCCCUGUCUACUGUGUGAUCGAACCCCCCGUGUGGCCACAGCCUUUCACUGCCGCCUCCAGCACCCUCUCACUGUGCCCAGGCGCAGCCUGCUGGAACUGCAGCCCUUUAACUAUCCCUCUGAUUCUGAGCAGAGUCUUCAGAGGGGCCAGGGGUUUAACGCCAGCACCGGCCGCUACACCGCCGCCGUCUCUGGCUUCUACCAACUCACCGCCAGCCUCCUUAUAGAGCCCAAUGAGCGGUCACACGCCCGAAUAAGAGAUAGUGUGAAGGCAUCCAUCUGCAUUGAAUCCCUCUGUCAAAGCAAUGUGUCUUUAGAGGCAGUCACAGGGGUGGGUACUACUGGAGGAAUUUUCAGCAUCUUGCUGACAGGAACCCUUUACCUACAGGCGGGGGAGUACGUGUCCAUUUUUGUCGACAACGGAACCGGCUCUGCCCUCACGGUCCGCCAAGACACGCUGUUCUCUGGGAUACUUCUGGGAGUUUAGAGCUACCAAGACGAUCAGCAUGCAUGCACAUGUUCACACUGCAAUCAACUAAUACAUAGACCAAGGCACGUAUAGGAACAAUAUGUAAGGUUUGAAACACACAUGCAUACCCAGUGUGCACCUCUCAAUCUCACAUGAAAGUAUUAAACUGGCAACACUGAGUGGGAGGAGUACAUUGACAAAGACCGUAUCAGAUGAAGAUAAGCAUGCACUUCACUUAUCUAUCACCAUAUUCAGGACAACAUUCAUUCAGUCAUCCAACAAACAACAGCAUCUACCCUAACCAUAUAAUGCCCAUAUAGUUGUAUUUUUCUAGUGCUACUUUCAGGUUCUUUUCAACAUGCUAACAGUAUAUAAAUGUCAUAAUAUUUAUUCAUUUAUGUUGUGAUAAAAACGUUGAGGAUAUAUUUUGCUUUAAAUAAAUAAAAAAUAU